UGAAGGUCUGCAUGCCGAAGUGGGAGUCAAGCUUGGGUAGGUCAACAGAAGGAGUGUGUGAGCACCGCGGACGCACUGGCGAGGUAGAACGUGCGCGCUGAUCCCCGUGGGGAAGAAGAAAAAACAACACUAAAGGUAUCUGCUGAGGACAUUUCGGUUAAAGGGGCACCAUUCAUCAACACUCAUCAUCACCUGGGGGGCCGGAAAAAUGGAUCAAGCCAGGACAACAAUAUCCAAAAUAUUUAAUGGGGAGCCCCAGUCGUACACGCGCUUCAGUCUCACCCAGAACAUGGAGGGUGGAGACAGCCAGGUGGAGAUGAAACUCUCCCCCGAGGCGGAUGAGGAAGUGGGCACCAAUGGGGUGGGAGAGCACCUGAACCACCAGCGAGAGUACUACAAGAAGAAGCCAGCACGCAGCCCCAGAGACAUCUGUUUCCUCAUCGCGGCCACUCUACUCAUCUUUAUCAUUGGCUAUCUCAUUGGAUACUUGGUGCAUCGGAAACAGGAUAAGACCAUGCUCGAAUGUGAUCAGACGCAGGCUGCUGCUGUCAGUGCAAUCGACGAUGACGACUUAACUCUAACUGGAGACUCGGCACCCAAGCAGUUGGACUGGAGUGAUGUGCGAACCAUGCUAGCAGACAGGCUGACUGUCAGUCAGAUAGAUGCCAGUCUGAGUGAAUUUGCUAGGAACGACCACCAGGCUGGCUCUCCUGGUGAUGAAGUGCUGGCCAACAAAGUGCUGAAGAGGUUCAAGGACAACAACAUGGACACUUGGGUUGAUGAGCACAGUGUGCAGUUGCAGCUCCCGCCUGCCUCUGGUUCCAACACAGUUGAAUUCCGUGGCCAGAGCGUGGGGUCUUUACAAGGCUACCUGGCCUACAGCGGCAAUGGAACAGCACAGGGUCCUGUUGUGUAUGCCCAUUAUGGUCAAAAAGAGGACUUUGAUGACCUGAAAGACCUGACCACCAACCUCACUGGAAGAAUCAUUCUGGUUAGAGCUGGAAAAAUAUCUUUUGCGGAAAAGGUGGCUAAUGCAGCUAGUAUGGAUGCAAGCGGUGUCCUAAUCUACCCAGACCCAGCUGACUACGCUCUUGGGGAUGCAACUCAUCUGUUUGGUCAUGUGCAUCUAGGCACGGGGGAUCCCUAUACAACAGGCUUCCCCUCAUUUCAACACACCCAGUUCCCUCCCACCCGCUCCAGUGGCUUGCCCAGUAUCUUAGCUCAGACCAUCACUGCAAGCAUGGCCAAAACUAUUAUGAGGAGCAUGGGUGGACGUAACGCUCCCCGUGUGUGGGCAAGAGGAGAGCUGUCCGGAGUGCAGUACAAGCUGGGAGAUGACAAUGACAUUGUGUCCAUGGGGGUGAACAAUGUCCUGGUGGAGACAAACAUCCACAAUGUAUUUGGUGUCAUCAAGGGUGUCCAGGAUGAAGACCGCUAUGUUGUGAUUGGAGCCCAGAGGGAUGCAUGGGGCCCAGGAUUUGCCAAGUCAACCGUGGGCACAACUUUGCUAGUAGAACUGGCAAGGUCCAUCAGUAACAUGGUCAGAGAAGGCAGGUUCAUGCCCAGACGAAGUGUAGUAUUUGCCAGUUGGUCUGCUGGUGAAUAUGGUAGUGUUGGCGCCACUGAGUGGUUAGAGGGCUAUUUGACAUCUUUGAAUAUGAAGGCAUAUACCUACAUCAGCCUGGAUGGUGUUGUGACAGGUUCUGGCUCCUUUCAAGCAAGUGGAAGCCCGUUGCUGAGUGACUUACUUACAGAGACAUUGAAAGAGGUGAAGAGUGUUGGUGACGCUGGAAAAACAAUAUACUCACAAGCAACAGCAGCCAGUGGCAAGACCUCGUUGCUGGAACCUCUGCAGUUGACAGACCCUGUGUAUCCAUUCAUAACAUUUUCUGGCAUCCCAUCUGUGUCCUUCCAACUCAAUGGAAAGCAGACCUACCCGUACCUAAACACACUACUGGACACAAGAGACAAGUUGAACGCUGCCACCUCUGGAAACCUGGCCCAGCUCAUCCGAGCAGCAGGGCAAGUUGCUGGCCACAUGGCUCUGAGGCUAGUGCACGAUCAUCUGCUCAAGAUGGGCGUGGAGACGUAUAGCCAGGUCGUCAAUAAGUACGUCAUUGAUAUCAUGGACAAAGUCAAUGACUUGAAACGGUCUUCCAUGCUGCCCCGCACCGUGACCACAGACUGGCUUACCUCGGCCAGAGGCUCUUUUGGGCGAAGCGCACGUGAACUCAGGCGAGUUAUCCGGGAAAGCAACCUGGAGGAUGUGGAGCAGUGUCGCAAGAUAAAUGACCGCAUAAUGAGGGUGGAGGCCAAUCUCCUGAGCCCAUAUGUAUCACCCACAACGCAGCCAUUCCGUCACAUCUUGCUAGGUACUGGCUCGCACACCCUGACUGCCCUUGUGGAACAACUGGAUGCCUUCAAGAGUUUAGGGACUGGUGAUGUGGAGGCCUUGAAGACCAAGCUGGCUCUGACUACCUGGACGAUCCAGACCUGCGCCAAUGCCCUUGCAGGGGAUGUGUGGGAAUUGGAUAAUGAUGUUUAGAUCUUCAAACAGAAGACGGGUCAAGCGAACGUAAUGAUUUGAUUUUUCUGCUUGUGAAGGAGGUUUAUUUCAUUUUCAGGUCCCCCUCGAUCCAGCAGACCUUAAAAAGAUCCUUGUUGGUGCUUAAAUGAUCUAGAAGCAUUCACUAUACAACAGAAAUGCCAAGAAGAACAAUUGAUAUUUUAUUCUGUAGAAAACAUGGCCUUAAAGAAGUUGUUACAUGAUGUUUUCCGUUUCCCCGUUCCAAACUGAAGAGUCACAUUAUUGUCUCUUAUAGUUUCUGAGGUGCUAAAAGGAAGGGGUUAAUUAUUUGAGUAUGUCACGUUACACGAAGCAGGGCCUUUAAAUUGGUUACAAAGAAUUGGUUCCUGCUUUUCUGUCCAUGAUUGCAUUUGCAUCAUAGGCAGACUUCAGUAAGUGUUGAAGUCUAAUUGUUCCAUGGUGUAGAUUCUGCCUUCAUCACACUGAAAUGUUGUGUUAUUGAUAAUUUAUCAGUGACAGGGUUCACUAUAAAUAGUAUUUUUAUUACGUCUUUUUUACCAUGUAUAAUUAUCGGGAGCAGUGCCUUCCAUAAUUAUGACAGUUAUACUGUCAAACUGACAAAGCAGCAUCUGCUAUGGAUCUAUACAUGACGGCAAAAGCCACUACACCAAAAACGGCCACCGACAGCAAAAAAAAAAAGUGCCGCACAUGUCAACUUUGCAACACAUAACUAAAUCCGAUUUAUUUUCACCACCAUACCUUUUUCACUAAUCUUCAUUUUAUUUAACCUGUGUAACUGACAGAAUGUAGUACUGCAAGUGGCUGUUUUCGGUGAAGUGUCUUUUGGGGCAUGUAUAUUUCUAAUUGUAAACCUGACCCAUUAUCGGGAGCAGUGCCUCCCAUAAUGUAAGGAUGAAGAAGGUAGUUUUUGCCUACCAGUUGAUGUAUAUCGAGGGCAGUGUCCCUCAUAUUUCACUGUAGGGUGGAUGUCAUUAUCGGGGACAGUGUUUCCCAUAAUCUGCAUUUAUGUACAUAGCUUGCAGCGAACUCUAACCAGAUUUUGACUUAACUAUAGUCUAGCCUUUAGUUUGCCUUAAGUUAACUUACCAAUGCUUUGCACAAUCUUGCUUUUAUUUUCCCCUCUCGCUCUGUCUUGGGUAUGAUGCAGAGCAGUCAGUCACUCCAUGUGUUACAUUUGUUCCCCCUCUAUUGAAAGCAUUGAUAGGGAGGCAGGCAUGAGAGCCAUGUACGUUUUAAGAUUAAAUUAAACACCAGAGAGCCAUAAUCUACUAUGGCACUUUUAAGGGCUUUAAUUAAUCAUUUUAAAUUCAUAUUUUUAUGCCUAUUUUAUUCACUAUUUUAUUUUGAAAUGUCAUCAGUGAACAUAGCCUAGGCCAGGGAUGUCAAACUCGGGCACGGGGCCAAAUUUGGCCCGCGGAGUCUUAUUCGGUCCGUGAGAUCAUUUCAAAUGUGUACUGCAGUUGACCCACAUACACCAUUAAUGGAUAGUGCAACAAUAUUUGAACAUGAAAUUUGGUGUGUCACAGGAAUAUGAAUGGACCAAGGCCAAUGAAACAGCUCACACUCUGUAUGGAACAUAUGGAACACAAUAUGUGCAGAACAUUUGAACUAUCACAUAUGAUGGGAAAAAAUAUGUGUGAAAUGUAACUGAGUAUUAAGUGCAUGCAAGUACAAUUUCAGUCAAUGAAAACAAAAACAAAAAAGAUCUUUCUAGAUUUUGUUUCUGGCCCUCAGUCAAUUUCAGUUUGAGUACCCUGGCCUAGGCAAACCAGUGUAAUUUAGUUAGAGAACAAAAAGGUGACAAUUUCCUGCUCUGUUUUCCUCUAUUUGUAUGUGCACAUUUUAUUUAUAAUCUGUGAUACGCUCCUAUACUUUUACUGUCGUCUAUGCACUUGAUCUAUUGGCUAAUUGUUGCUUCUUAGACAUGAUUCAAAUCAGCAGAUGAACAAUUACGAAUCAUAUACCAACAACAAUAAAUAGCGAAUUAGAGAUGGGUUAGUGAUUUUUAUUUUAAAGUGAGCACGAGUGUUGCAGGCAGCAGAGCUAGGUCAUCAAUGAAGGUACUGGUAACAGCAUGUCUGCUGCUUUUCUUUUCUUUUCAAUUCUUUUUUUUUCUUUUCUUUUCUUUUCUUUUAAGGAUAUCCUGUGGUUGGAGAGGAUAGGCGUUCUUAUGUAAACUUUGAAAGGUCUUGUAAUGUAUGUUCCUUCUUCUUUCAAUAAAGCUUUGCGUUGCUUUAAAAA